AUCGCUCAAGCCUUUUCUUUAGUUUCAAAAUAAUUAUGUAAAUAUCUUUUUGUCAAAAGCAUAAAUAUCUAUAUUUGCUGAAAUGAAAGCCAACAAUAAUUUAUUUUUUAAUCGUCUCACAAUAUGUCUUUGCUCUGUCCUAUAAAAACACUCGACCUCCUCUGCUUCAAAAAUUCAAAACCAUUCCUUGGACUCCACUGUUUUAUUAUCCACCAUGAAAACUUGUUUGAUCUUCUUCCUCUACACAACAAUUCUCCAAUACUAUUUCCACUUCUCUGUGUCAUCAUUAUCAACACCUCUUCUCCUCCAUCUCUCCCACUCUCUCUCAACCUCAAAACACUCUUCAUCUCCUCUCCACCUUCUCAAAUCAUCCUCCUCCCGUUCCUCCGCCCGCUUCCGCCGCCACCACCACAAACAACAACAACAACAACUUUCACUCCCUAUCUCCUCCGGCAGCGAUUAUCUCAUCUCCCUCUCCGUCGGCUCCUCCUCCUCAGCCGUCUCCUUGUACUUGGACACCGGAAGCGACCUCGUUUGGUUCCCUUGCCGUCCUUUCACUUGCAUCCUCUGUGAAUCCAAACCACUCCCUCCUUCUCCUCCUUCAUCUCUCUCCUCCUCCGCCACCACCGUCUCCUGCUCCUCCCCUUCUUGCUCCGCCGCUCACUCUUCCCUUCCCUCCUCCGACCUCUGCGCUAUCUCCAACUGUCCUCUUGAUUUCAUCGAAACCGGAGAUUGCAACACUUCUUCUUACCCUUGUCCUCCUUUCUACUACGCUUACGGUGACGGCUCUCUCGUCGCAAAACUCUACUCCGACUCACUCUCUCUCCCUUCCGUCUCCGUCUCUAACUUCACCUUCGGCUGCGCUCACACCACUCUCGCUGAACCUAUCGGCGUCGCUGGAUUCGGCCGUGGACGUCUCUCUCUUCCCGCUCAGCUCGCUGUUCACUCUCCUCAUCUCGGUAAUAGCUUCUCUUAUUGUCUCGUCUCUCACUCUUUUGACUCGGACCGAGUCCGCCGUCCGAGUCCGCUCAUCCUCGGUCGCUUCGUCGAUAAAAAAGAGAAACGUGUCGGAACCACCGAUGAUCAUGAUGACGGUGAUGAUGAGAAGAAGAAGAAAAAUGAGUUCGUCUUCACAGAGAUGCUUGAAAACCCAAAGCAUCCCUACUUCUACUCUGUUUCACUCCAAGGAAUCUCAAUCGGAAAACGGAAUAUUCCAGCUCCGGCGAUGCUCAGAAGAAUUGACAAAAACGGUGGCGGAGGAGUUGUUGUUGACUCAGGGACAACGUUCACGAUGCUUCCGGCGAAAUUCUACAAUUCGGUGGUUGAAGAAUUCGAUAGUCGGGUCGGGCGGGUUCACGAACGGGCUGAUCGGGUCGAACCGAGUUCGGGUAUGAGUCCUUGUUACUAUUUAAACCAGACGGUUAAAGUUCCAGCUCUGGUUUUGCAUUUUGCCGGGAACAGAUCCAGUGUGACGCUCCCCAGGAGAAAUUAUUUUUACGAAUUUAUGGACGGUGGAGAUGGUAAAGAAGAGAAGAGGAAAAUUGGAUGUUUGAUGUUGAUGAACGGUGGAGAUGAAUCAGAACUUCGAGGUGGUACUGGGGCUAUUCUGGGGAAUUACCAGCAACAAGGGUUUGAGGUGGUUUAUGAUCUGUUGAACAGAAGAGUUGGGUUUGCUAAGAGGAAGUGCGCAUCUUUAUGGGAUUCGCUUAAAUAAGCCUAACAUGCGCUGAAGCCAAUAAAUCUUUGAAAUAAGCCUAACAUGAGCCUCUCCGGUUUGACCGGUGGACCGGAUUGGUUAUGAUCAUGUUUUGGGGAUGAGGUCUUAUCGAACAGUAAUUACGUUGUUGGGAAGUACGUAAAAUAGAUGUAGCUAGCCUUAAUAAUUUCGAUGAAACCAUACUCGAAAGUACAUAAAAGUGUUUACAAUUUUCAAAUAGAUGUCAUAUUAAUUUUGUUUUUUCGUCAUAAUUAAAAGAGGUUGUUAUAUUAUAUGUCGGUUAAGCAUCGCUUUUUAAAAUUAAUUGAGA